GGCCUUUAUAUUCUCCGCCGUGCCUCUUUCCUUCCCCCAGAAUGAGAGAUGGAGAAAUACCGAGUAUCAGCUAGCUUUAAUGGAGGCCUCUCUCAAAGACCCCCCUCCUCUUAUAUCUCCCUGCCUCCCAAACCCCACCACCUCCGCGAUCCUCCCAUCUCCACCUCCCUCCCACCCGAUUCCCCAAAGCCCGCCGCCGCCUCGGGCGACCACCUCGGCCGCCGGACAUCCGAUGCCGAGAUCAGUAUCUUCGACGCCGAGCGCUACUUCCACGACGGCAGCGGCAGCUCCGACGUCAAGCGGACCAUCAUCCUCGCCGGCACCACCGCCGCAAGGUGCGACCUUUCCACCAACCCACGCGACUCGUCUGUUUCCUCCGACGGCGGCGUCCACCGCCACACCGGACGGAACGACUCCUUCCCUGCCACCCCUACUCCCACCGCCUCGUCGGAGGCCAGCUGGAACAGCCGUUGUGGCCUCCUCUCCAAUCCCCCCGGCUCCAUCGCCGUCACCGUCAAAGCUUCACCCCUCAAAGAGCCGAAGAAAGGGAUCUCCCCCUCCCCCGCCUUCGGCCGCCGGCGGCUUUUCGGCCGCAGCUGUCCUUGCUCGGGGAAAAAGUCGGUCGACGUCGAGGAGAAGUACCCCGAGCCCCCUAAGAACCCAACUCACUCCAAAUUGGAUUCCAGCCGCAGCGCCCUUGGUAUCUCUAAAAAUCCAAAUUUUGGAACAGGGGAGGUCGGUCACGGUGGCAUUGGAGAUAAACCGGCUCCCACUGAGAUCAUGAGCGAAUGGGGAAUCGCGGAGGGGGCGAAGCAGAAGAUAACUCCCGGAAAUUUGGCCAAAGAUCCGGAGGCAUUCCAUGUCUCCCAACCAUUCUCGAGGGAUAAGCCUUUUCCGUCGGAGAUCGGCCCCCGGAUCGUCAGCUCCGAGAGGGCAUUCAACGAAUCUGGCGGGUUCUCCUUCCCCUUAUUGAACCCGCCACCGGCGAAUCCUAACCCACCGGAAGACGCCCCCCGGGAUUCUCUGGAGGUUUUUCGGCCGCCAGAGGAAGCCCAAGUCUUGAAGAAAUCGACGGAGUUUCCGCUCCGCGCCGCAACGAUGGUGCCCUUGUCCGGCGAGGCGGACCGUCGGAGCUUCACCUAUCCGACGAGCCCCAAACUCCGGCCGCCCGAGGAGGACCAGGCCAGCGACGCAAGCUCGGACCUGUUCGAGAUUGAGAGCUUCUCCACAUCGUACCCCUCCUCCGUCAACCGCCGCCGCGACUCGCUAGAUGAGCUCGAUACGAGUAGGUUGUCCAGCGGCGCCGGUGUCCCCGCCGGGAUCCUGCAGUUCCGGUGGAGCCCGGAGGAGCCGGCGACGCCGUCGAUCGCGGCGAGCGAGUGCUACCCGCCGAGCGAGGUGAGCGUGCAGUGGAGCGUCACCACGGCGGAGGGCUUCGAUCGGGCGAGCGUCGCGAACUUUUCCAGCGCCGCUUCCGACUACAAGGAGCUUAGCUUCAUCCAGGCGGAGCACGACCGCUUUGCGGCGGCAAUGGCAGCCGGCGGAGGGAAGCGGCGGGGCGGCGGAGGCGGGGGUUUGCUCCGCUGCCGGUGCGAGAAGGCGGUUAGCGUCGGGCCGACCCCGGUCCGAUUCGGCCCGGUGCAGAGACGGGUCGGUACGUCGGCUUUCACGGUCGAUCCGGACCGGGUCCCCGGGUUUGUGGCCCAGCUGGCGAGCGGGAUCCCGGAUCCUGGCCUCCCGCGGUCGCUCUCGAGUCGCGCAUCCCGGCCGGUCCAGACACGGUAGACCGCUUCGGGUCGGGUCAAGGUUAGGUCUAAGCAUGUUGGCCUUUGGCGUUUGCUGUUGGUUGAGCUAUAUGAUUUGAAGGGAUUAUUAAUUAAUAAAAUUAUUAAUAUAAGUUUAGCUGGGGAGUGUAUAUGUUAACGUCUGAAAAUUCCUUGGAUAAAAAUUUGGGUUCUCAUGUCAUGCAUUUUUAACUUUUGAUAGCAAUGCUAGAGAUGAGGUUGAUCUUGUAAUGGAAGUGCCAUUAAGGAAGCCAUGUGGGGUUCUUUUGCUUUGAAAGG